AAUGAAUAAACCUGAUGAUAGUGCUAAUUAGUUUUUUGUGAUUGAAUGUACACUUAUUAUGUGAAUUAUGUAGAAAUUGAGAUGAGUAGUGAAAGUGAACCUGAAGAUUUGGAGGAUUUGGAUGAUUUGAAUGACAUCAAACAUGAAGAGGAUAAUCUCAAUGAUUUGGAUAAGAUUAUAAAUGAUGUCAAAAGUAAUGAUUGCAUUCUCACAUAUACUUAGAGGAUGAUUACAUACCCAAAGCAUAGACCAAUGAGAGAGUUACAAAGGGACCAGGAUGGAAAGAUAGACUAGAAGUAGUGGAUGACUUUAUUCGUAACUUCCUUAUUAAGAAUCAGAUGAAUCGAAGUCUGGAAGUAUUUCAGGUAUUUGUGAUUGUUAACCCUUCUAGUAAGAGUGGUACGAACUCUCACAGAAAGGCAAAUUGGCUACAGACGGCAUGGGUCAAGUGACAGAUGUUUAUAUUCAAAAUGAAAAACUCAAAGAAGAACUCAAGUAUGUAAGAGGAGAGUUGGAUAAAGCCAAGAUAGUGGCUGAAAAUGCCAAAUCUACAUACGAUAAAUUAAGAAAGGAAAGAGAUUUUCAUAAGAUGCAUCAUCAUAGAGUACAAUAGGAGAAGAGGAAAUUGAAUCACGACAUAGAUAAAUUGAAAGGAUUACAUCUGCAAUAUGAGACCAAAUACGAAGAACUAUCUUAGAAGUAUUCACAUGCGAUGAAGGAGAAGAUGCUUCUGAAAUUAGAAAGGGAUCGUUUGGUGGCAAAAAACGAGGCACUCCAAAGAAGCUUAUAAAAUGUAUAUCAACUUGAAUUAUGAAUUUAAAGGUUGAAGAAAAGAUUAACAAAGAAAAGGAACCAGGAAGUCCUACAGAUAAGCUCCCCUUAGUUGAUACCAAGGCCAACACCAAAAAGGCAUCUACUAAAACCAAUACUGCAUUCCCUCCUGAUGACAGACCAAAUCCAUAUGCAGGUACUCAAAUAGAACCACAAAAUUACAGAAAUGCCAUCUUGAAUAAAACUUUUAAAGGACAUAUGAUGGCUAUAUCAUCCAUGGAUAUGCAUCCAAAGAAAUCAAUUGUGGCCACUGCUUCUGAUGAUUUCACUUGGAAGAUUUGGACAUUACCCCAAGGCGAAUUAAUCAUGUCUGGAGAAGGCCACAAAGAUUGGGUCAGUGGAAUUCAUUUUCAUCCAAAAGGUAGUCAUUUAGUCACUUCAUCUGGUGAUUGCACAAUUAAGGUCUGGGAUUUCAUUAAUGCUUCAUGCACCCAUACAUUCAAGGAUCACAUCUAACCUGUUUGGGGUGUUAAAUUCAAUGACACUGGAGAAUUCAUUGUAAGUGCUAGUAUGGAUCAUACAUGCAAAGUAUUCGAUUUAGCAUCUGGUAAAACUAGACAUACAUUCCGAGGACAUGUAAUUAUUGAUCUCUUACCAAAAGGUUGAUUCCGUAAAUCAUGUGAGUUUCCAACCAUUUUCGAAUAUCUUCACUUCUGCUUCAGCUGACAAGACUAUUUCCUUGUGGGAUAUCAGAAGUGGAUUAUGUGUUCAAACCUUCUAUGGUCACUUGAAUAGUGUCAAUCAUGCAACCUUUUCAUUGAAGGGAGAUAGUAUUGCCAGUUGUGAUGCUGAUGGAAUCAUUAAAAUGUGGGAUGUAAGAAUGGUCAAGGGAAGAUCACAAUUCGACGCAGGUCCUUAUUCCGCCAAUGCAGUUGCCUUGGACAAAAGUGGCUCCAUUCUUCUUGUGGGAUCUGAUGACCAAUAAAUCAGACUCUACAAUGAAACCACCCAGAAAGUAAGACGUUCAUUUACUCAUUCAAUAGUAAGAACACACUUUGAAGGGCCAUGAAGAUGCUGUCUAAGAUGUUGCAUUUGAUUACAAUAGCAAGAUGAUUAUCAGUUGCGGUUCCGAUGCUACUUUUAGAAUUUAUUAAUGA